AUGGCUUUUAAGUUGAAUGGGACAAUUGGUGGGGAAGAUUUUGUAAUAACCAGUAACACAAAAAAUUUAAUUGAGGUAUGCUUCAAUAAAACGAUAUCCCCAACAGGACUAUGGCGAGCACAGAACCCCUUCAUGUCAGCUCUUUCAGUUCUUGUUAUAAGACUGAGCAUCGCGGUCUUCAGCACUCGUAUUUUUAUGCUUGUCUUCAAACCCUUGCACCAACCACGGAUUAUUGCUGAGAUUCUUGGUGGAAUGUCGACGAGUACGAGUAAUUGGGGUAAAGUUGUACCAGCCGUAUUUCCUUAUAGUACCGUGAAGAUUAUCGAGACCAUGGGAAACUUGGCCCUCGUUUAUCACAUGUUCCUGGUGGGUUUAGAGCUUGAUUUAAAACCAAUAUUACGAGCUGGGAAGAAGGCUAUUAGCAUUGCGCUCGCCGGCAUUAUCUUUUCCGUCCUUGUUGGCUGGGCCUUAUGUCGAUAUGUACUCCUCAAAGAUUUUGCCGAACAAACAAAAGGCAAUGGAGGAAAACUUCCUACUAAGGAUGGCCCGUGGUUUUGGGGCGUUGCUCUUGCCACCACUAACUUCCCAGACCUUGCCCGAAUCCUCGCAGACCUCAAACUUCUCUACUCUGAUGUCGGAGGACUUGCGUUAUCUGCCUCUGUUAUCUCCGACUUAUGCUCCUGGUUUCUUCUUCUGCUUGUAAUGGCCAUAGUCAACAGCUUCCAGACAGUUGCGGUGGGACUUACCUUGCUUUUUAUAGGACUAUGCGUUUUUGUAGUACAUCCUCUUCUGUCAUGGAUUGUUAACCGAGUUCGCGAAAGAGCACAAGAGGAUGGCGACUACAGUCAAUUUGAAUGCUUUGUUCUAGCUGGGGUUGUGCUUUGUGGGUACAUUACCGAUGCAUGUGGAUCCCAUUCCAUCGUAGGGUCUUUUAUGUUUGGAGCUAUCAUGCCUAGAGGAGAGGUUUCAAACAAUCUUAAAAAGAAGGUGGGAAGUUUUGUGCCUGGGAUUCUAAUGCCUCUCUACUUCUGUAUCAAUGGGGGAAGACUCAACUACGUGGAUAUUCUCAGUUCCAUUUAUCCAUCGGAGAAAAAAACUGGGACGGAUAUAUAUCGCGUAGGGGGGGUUGUCAUAUUAGCUUUUGCAGCUAAGACUGUGAGCACUUUGGUUGCCGGCUUACUCAACAAAAUGUCAUUUCGGGAUAGUUUGGCUCUUGGAGUGCUCAUGAACACCAAGGGCUUAUUUACACUUAUCAUACUCAACACUGGUCGGGACGUAAAGGUAAUAUAUGAUUUUGGGUAA